GCAGUGCUCAUCCAGAGGUGGCUGUGGUUGCAGCUGCAGCAGGAGCUCCCUCCCUCCCUCCCUCCCUCCCUGUCGGUGUCCUGAUGUGCGCAGUUCUGCUGCAGCCCGGAGGAGCUCCCACAGCUGCCGCCGCUCCAGCUCCGUUAGGCAGUGGCCAACAUCACCGAGGACCUGCCUACUGCUCCCAGCGGCCCGCGGCUGGUUAAAAACACACACCGCCAAGAGACAAACCCGGUGAAUUUGUAUUCAGACUUGUAUUUUCCUCUCAGGUGAUAUUAAAGUAACCCAAAUCCAAGCCAUUGCCCCUCCAAUUUGGUUCUGACCAAGUGGGUAUCUUUUUCUACAAAUGGAUAAUGGAGACUGGGGCCAUAGGAUGACUAAUCCUGUCACCUUGAACGUGGGAGGCCACCUUUAUACCACCAGUUUAUCGACCCUGCAGCGCUAUCCAGACUCCAUGCUUGGUGCCAUGUUCCGGGGAGAUUUCCCCACCACUCGCGAUUCCCAAGGGAAUUACUUCAUUGAUCGCGAUGGAACACUUUUCCGGUACAUCCUGAACUUCCUGCGGACAUCAGAGCUCACUCUCCCUCUGGACUUCACAGAGACGGACCUCCUGAGGAAAGAGGCAGACUUCUACCAAAUUGAACCUCUGAUCCAGUGCCUUAAUGAUCCCAAGCCGCUCUACCCUCCAGACAUCUUUGAGCAGGUGGUGGAGCUCUCCAGCACACGGAAACUGUCCAAGUAUUCAAACCCCGUGGCUGUUAUCAUCACCCAGCUGACGAUAACCACGAAGGUGCAUGCCCUGCUCGAGGGCAUCUCCAACAACUUCACUAAGUGGAACAAACACAUGAUGGACACCAGAGACUGCCAGGUGUCUUUCACCUUUGGACCGUGUGACUAUCACCAAGAGGUGUCCCUACGGGUUCACCUGAUGGACUACAUCAUGAAACAGGGCUUCACCAUUCGCAACACACGUGUGCAUCACAUGAGUGAGCGUGCGAACGAGAACACAGUGGAGCAUCACUGGACUUUCUGUAGGCCGGCUCACAAAGUUGAAGACUGAUUUAAAUACUGUCACACUACUAAAGGUUUGUCAUAAAACUGAAUUAGAGAAGCUGAAAUUGUUGUUUUAAAAAAAUAAAAAUAAAAAUAAAGCAGAGACAUUUUGGCGAUGUAUCACUAAUAAUACUUUUUCUUUUUUCUUUUCUUUUUUUUCCUCACUUGUUUUGAUAUGUGGUACAUACAGUGCACAAGGUUCAGACAGAUACACCAGAGAAAUAAAAUAUUUCAUUUAAAGAAACAGGUUAUUUUGGUAUAAUGCAUGCUCACAUGGGCAGCCAGUAUGUACAAAGAAGCUGUUGCUAUUAUCCACAUAUUAGCCACAGUUUAUUUUAAUUCUCAUGACAAUGAGUACAUUUUUGCAAAAAAGAAAAAAAUAAUCAUUGUGAUAUGACCGCAAAUGAUCUCAAGCUCAUAAUCAGUUCAUCAAAGUGUUUUUAUGAUUUUUGUGUUGUUUUACUAAUGUUUUUCUUAGAAAGCUGAAAAAUCCUUUGCAUUGUUUUUUUAGAAUCACUUUAUUUUUCUCUUAAUGCCAAACAUGCUGAAUAAUGUGAGUAAAAUGAUUCCCUUGAGAGAACUGCAUUCAUUGUUAGUCCAGUUUAAAGGGUUUAAGCCCCUGUAAAUCUGUCCUAAACUGUUUGAUUACAACCUGAUGGCCAUGAUUUUAAGCACAUAUAAGAUCCCAUGCUGAAAUGGCAUUAAAGCCACAUUUAAAUGUGUAAAUAUCACCCAGUAGGAUAACAAAACAAAAACCUGUAAAAUAUUAUACAUAUUACUGUACCCCUUAUACAAAAAUGAAGCCAAGUUUUGGUCUCAUGACACUUUGAAUAAGAACAAGAGUCAAUUAGACACUCAGAGUAGACAGGACUGUGCCUGAUAAUAAAGUAUGAUUAUGUUUAGGCCAGUUUUUUUCCCUGGUGACUAGAUCCUAGUCUUUUUUAUAGUUAUGUAUUAUCUCAUUGUGCGGUACUAUUUCUGAAGAUUGUAGUAGUGUUGCAUGUGUCUGGGUGUCCUGUGUAUGUACAUGUAUUUGCCAUGUGUGUAUCUGGAGUAUCAUGUCAUCAUGUUACACAUUAGAACCCAUAUUACCAGUGAUGUAUUUGGUCUCCACAGCCAAAUAAACCAUUUGUGUAUUUGUCACUCA